AUGGACAUUUACCGGGACAAGGAUCAACUGGUAUCGAAAUUGUAUAAUCAGAUUAAGUCUAAGGAAGCAGAGAAGAUGUUCGACCAGACAGUGCGAAGCCUCGAGCAGAUAUUUGGCAAGGACCAUGAUUUAACACUUCAGACCAAGCAUUGGCUGGCAUACGAACUAUAUAAUCAGAAAAAGUAUAAGGAGGCAGAGAAGAUUUUUGACGAGACAGUGCGAAGCCUCGAGCAGACACUUGGCAAGGACCAUGAAGAUACGCUUAGGAGCAAGCAUUAUCUGGGAUUAACAAUAUGGAAUCAGAAAAAGUAUGAGGAGGCAGAGAAGACGUUCGACCAGACAGUACAUAGCCGCGAGCAGACACUUGGCAAGGACCAUGAAGAUACGCUUAGGAGCAAACAUUGGCUAGCAUGGACACUAUGGGAUCAGAAAAAAUACGAGGAGGCAGAGAAGACUUUCAACCAGGUAGUGCGAGGCCGUGAGCAGACACUUGGCAAGGACCAUGAGAAUACGCUUAGGAGCAAGCAUUGGCUAGCAUGGACACUAUGGGAUCAGAAAAAAUACGAGGAGGCAGAGAAGAUGUUCGAGCAAACACUGCAAGGACGUGAGAAAACCCUUGGCGAUCACCCUGACACGCUGGAGAGUAGACGCCUUCUGCAGAACAUACGGGAAUUUCGGUCUACUGCAGGUUCGCGGACUGUGAUACAUGACACUAUCGAAACCAUGGCGGACCGGUUAGAUUUAGAGAAGGGUUUUGAGGGCCGGCAUCAACAUUUUAAAAAGGGCGAGCCGCUUCCAUUUGAAAGCAAAAGAGAACUAGGUAGCGGAGGGUUUGGUCGAGUUGAUAAGGUUCUGAGCUCAAUCAGCAACAGAGAGUACGCGAGAAAACGUGUCUCGCGGAAGACGGCGCUUGGUGGACGAGGCAUUGAAGCCUUGAAAGGCAUGAUUGUUGAAAUUGAGAUCCUUAAGAAACUAAAGCAUCGUCAUAUUGUGGAAUUCGUGGGGAGUUAUACAGACCCUAGAUAUUUCAGUGUGAUAAUGUCUCCGGUUGUCGAACAGGAUCUCUCUGCAUAUUUGAAGAUAGCUGGCAGUGAACAGCACAAAGAGAUACGAACCUUUUUCGGUUGCCUUGCCACCGGACUUCAAUUCCUCCAUGAUAAUCAGAUCAGGCACAAAGACAUCAAGCCGAGCAAUAUCCUAGUGAAUAGAGGUAAUAUCCUCUUCACCGACUUCGGCUUAGCGCUAGAUUUCACCGAUGCAAGCGGCAGUACUACCGUUGGGACGGUGAAAUACAUGACCAACCGGUAUUGCGCUCCGGAAGUGGCGCUGCAGGAGCCUCGGAACACGUCUUCCGAUAUCUGGUGUUUAGGCGUAGUCUUCCUAGAGAUGAUCGUCAUUCUAAAGGGCAAAACAGUCAAGUGGAUAGAUGACUUUCUCACAACUCAUGGGUCACAGUGGCUCUAUGUCCGCUCGAAUUUCGCUGGACUGGAAGAGCUUCUGGCUGAGCUGGAACAGACAGAAAAUCUCACUGACAAUGAGGUCCUAGUCUGGACGCAGCAAAUGCUGCAGGAAAAACAUACAUCACGUCCGACGGCAGCCAGCUUGGUUACGUCAACUGCUCGGCCUUAUAGUCAUGGAGGGGGUGACAUUGAGAUGGAUGAUGUUCUAGAGCUAGAGAAGGCUUCCUAG